UCCCCAGGAGCCCAGUCUUGGGGGUGUGGCCACACGCUGCCCCGGGCGGGGGCGGGGCCUGCUCCGGGAGCGGAGGAACCUUACCCGGACUGAACUGCGCAGCUUGGGUGUGUACCUAGCGUGCGAAGGUGAUCCAGGGCUCAUCGAGCCUUAACAGCAAGUACCAAGACCCCGCUGUAUUUUUAAGGUGAUGUCCAGAAUUCACCGCGUUUCUGUUUUGAGGCAACAUGGCCGUCCUCUCGAAGGAAUAUGGUUUCGUGAUCCUGACGGGUGCUGCCAGCUUUGUCAUGGUACUGCACCUCGCCAUCAAUGUUAACAAGGCCCGCAAGAAGUACAAGGUGGAGUAUCCUGUCAUGUACAGCACAGACCCUGAGAACGGGCACCUCUUCAACUGCAUUCAGCGGGCCCACCAGAACACGUUGGAAGUGUACCCCCCGUUCCUGUUUUUCUUAGCUGUUGGAGGUGUUUACCACCCGCGUAUAGCUUCUGGCUUGGGCAUGGCCUGGAUUGUUGGACGAGUUCUUUAUGCCUAUGGCUACUACACGGGUGAUCCCAGAAAGCGGUACCGAGGAUCCGUGGGGUCUAUCGCCCUCUUUGCCUUGAUGGGCACAACUGUGUGCUCUGCUUUCCAGCAUCUUGGCUGGGUUAAAUCUGGCUUGGGCGGUGGCUCCAAAAGCUGCCAUGGAAAAAUUACAGGGGUUUAAAAACGCUCAUUCAUUUUGAAUGACUUACCUUUAUUUCCAGUUAACAUUUUUUUCUAAAUAUAAUAAAAACUUAUCUGGCAUCAGCCUCAUACCUAAA